GGGUGCAACUUGCCAUGGCCACACAACAGCAAUCCCAGUCUUUCUCGGUCCCUUCAACGAGUACUGCCUCUACAGGCUACAUCCCAGAUUCAACUGCUGCGAGCACUUUGACAACGGCCACGACGACACAGCAGCAGCAGCAGACAGCCACGACGAGUCAGAACCAGAGCCAGCAAUCCAGACAAGCAUUGGAGGAGGCGCGGAAGGAUAGGACAUUGGCAGAGUUUAUGUUGAUGUUGGAUGAUUAUGAACCUUUGAUUCCAAAUGAAGUAACAGACUAUUACUUGCAAAAGGUCGGCUUUGAGUGCGAAGACGUUCGCUUGAAGCGACUGUUAUCACUGGCAGCACAAAAAUUCGUGUCUGAUAUCGCUGCAGACGCGUACCAGCAUGCGAGGAUUAGGACAAACGCGAGUGGAGGACGGAUACGAGUCAACCAGCCUGGUUCUGGUCCUGGGUCUACAAAGGACAAGACGAGAACGACACUGACCAUGGAGGACUUGAGCGCCGCCCUUGCAGAGUAUGGAAUCAACUCGAGGAAGCCAGAGUAUUACCUUUGAUUCCAUUCCUACCCCUAUUUCACUCUCUCUUUAUUUCAAUCUCUCUUAUGACCCUGUACUUGUAUUGUAUUUCUAGUAACGCUUAUGAUUGACUUCUCCCU